UUCUUGCUCUGUCGCUCUGCCUCAUUGUCACACCACCCAGCUCUCUCAGGCUGCCUCAUAUAUAGACUCACUCAUGGUCAGUUCUGGGCACAAAGUGUGUCCUGGUGAGGCUGGGGUCGGCUCUCCACUUGCGAGUUCCUCUGAAGGCACCAGAAGAGGUCUCUUGGAGUGGCUGGAUGACACAGAACUAGAGUGGCAUCUUUUUAAGCACAAUGGAUAACGCCCACGGUCCAGAGGUCAAGUUCAGACUGGACGAGGGCACUGCGCGUCCCACGAACCUGAGGGGGCAGUGGUCAAGCAAAAUGGAGUUUAUUUUGGCUGUUGCGGGACAGAUUAUUGGCCUGGGAAAUGUGUGGAGGUUUCCUUACCUCUGCUACAAAAACGGAGGAGGGGUGUUCUUUAUCCCGUACAUACUUUUCCUCUUCACCUGUGGCAUCCCCUUGUUUCUGCUGGAGACGUCACUCGGCCAGUAUACAAAGCAGGGAUGCAUCACCUGCUGGGCCAAAAUUUGUCCUCUGUUUGAAGGGAUGGGUUAUGGCAGUCAGGUGGUUGUUUUAUACUCCAGUAUCUAUUAUAUCAUAAUUCUAGCCUGGGCAUUCCUGUAUCUCUUCUCGUCCUUCAACUCUGAACUUCCAUGGGCGACCUGCAGGAACAGCUGGAACACAGAGAACUGCGUGGAGUUUGAUCAAAGACCAGAUUAUUUCAACAUGACUAUACCUGAAAAUGCAACUUCACCAGUGACAGAGUUUUGGGAGAGAAGAGUUUUAAAUAUCACGGGCAACAUCAAUGAGUUGGGCAGUAUUAGAUGGGAGUUGGCUCUCUGUCUGCUGUUGUCUUGGAUCGUCUGCUACUUCUGCGUGUGGAAAGGAGUGAAGUCUACCGGGAAGGUGGUUUACGUUACUGCUACUUUUCCUUAUGUGAUGCUUGCUGUGUUGCUCAUUCGUGGCAUCACGUUGCCUGGAGCUAUGGAUGGGAUCAAGUUCUACCUUUACCCAGAUCCAUCCCGCCUCGCCGACCCGCAGGUUUGGAUGGAUGCUGGGACACAAAUCUUUUAUUCCUAUGCAAUUUGUAUUGGUUGCCUAACUGCUUUGGGCAGCUACAAUAAGUACAACAACAACUGCUACAAGGAUUGUGUAUAUUUGUGCCUUUUGAACAGUGGAACCAGUUUUGUUGCUGGUUUUGCCAUCUUCUCUGCCCUUGGAUUCAUGGCCUAUGAGCAGAACACAGACAUAUCAAAGGUGGCAGAAUCAGGACCAGGUUUGGCGUUUAUCGCCUACCCUCGAGCAGUCGCCAUGAUGCCUUUUCCUCAACUUUGGGCCAUUUUCUUUUUCAUUAUGAUCAUUCUUUUGGGGUUGGACAGUGAGUUUGUAGGUCUGGAAGCUCUCACAACAGCAGUAUCUGACCUGUAUCCCUCCUUCUUCCUUGUCGGCCAUCGGCGAAAAAUCCUGCUUCUGUUCGUCUGCGUCUUCAGCUUCUUCAUUGGUCUUUUCAUGGUGACGGAAGGUGGACUGUACAUCUUUCAGGUGUUUGACUACUAUGCCUGCAGUGGAAUGACUCUGCUUCUGUUUGCUAUCCUGCAGUCUGUGUGCAUUGGUUGGGUGUACGGCGCUGACCGUUUUUACAACGUCAUCGAGGACAUGAUCGGAUACAGGCCUUUUCCCCUUAUAAAGUACUGUUUGAAAUACGUCACUCCAGUGAUCUGCAUGGGGACUUUUAUUUUUUCCCUGGUUAAGUACACCCCUCUGAAGUUCAACAACGCAGUAGAGUACCCAUGGUGGGGUUACGCUCUUGGCUGGUGGUUAACUCUCUCCUCAACACUCAUCGUUCCCCUCUGGAUGCUGUACAAUCUGGUCAUUACUCCUGGGACCCUCCGAGAGAGGAUCUCUAUAUUGUGCACUCCAGCUGAAGACCUUCCUCUGACCAAAUCAGACAAGAAAGCUCUUGAACUUCUCAGCUUGCCCCCGUCUCAGCGCAGCUCGGAGCGACGAGAUGAAUCAGCCCCAGAGUACGAGACAAACAAGUGGUGAACCUGCUCCCUUUGCACCAUCUUUAAGAUGAUAGUUAGACCCCAAAACAGCUCUGCAUUUUCAUUUGAACAAGCCAUUUGCGGGAAAUUUUAACGCACAAAAACGUUUUGAAUUCCUCAAAUAUGUGUUUCCUUUAUUGUUGAGUUCAUAAAGUAUCAUUAUUUAACAAGCAGGGCACUUCAAAUAUGUUACUUUUGAGCACUGCAGAGUUUAAAACUCUGUAUUAAAUGUUUUUUUGUAUUUUUCUUUGUAUUUGUGCAAAAAGAAAAUAAGCCAAAAGUGUUUUCUUCUUUGGCAAGAGUAGCUUUGUGCCAAUUGGAAUCUUAUAAAUCCUGUUACAUUGAUUUGGACUAUUUUAACCGACUUUUACCAUCCCGUCAGCACAGACAGGAUUUGGCAUGAGCUUGUUAAUACAAUCAAAAACGCAUUGAUAUUCAAAAACACAGCCAAGAAAUCCCAAAAACUCUAGGCGGCUCUUUAGUCGCACAUUUUGAUUACAACUUGAUUGAAUUGUUCCCUAUUUCCUUGAAUACUCCUUUGGUGUAUAUAUUUUUUCAAAACAGCUACAGAUUAUUCAUAUCCCUGGCAGGUUUAUGUAUAAAGUGCUUCUUGGUUUUCCCAACAUAGCCAAGGCUGCUUGUAAUAUUUUCAGCAGCCCAACUUGAAUCUGAUAGUGAAUCUGUGGACGGAGCUAAAUAUUAGGUUGAUGGCAAAGAAGCUGUCCGACCUGCAAAUCUAAACCUGCCUGGGGUAUUAAUAAUUUUGGUCUUAAGUGUGAUUUUAAUCUGAAGGUCAAGAUAAAACCUCCAGAUGCUGGAUUAUUGGACAGUUUCAGUUUGACCCUGGUUAUGGUGUUCUUUACUAAGAUUUAAAAUUAUAAUUCAUCAUGUCAAUGUAAAAAGGAGGAUGUAUAAAUGUGGCAUUUUCUUUCAGUCUUUUGUACCCCAGUGGCCUUGAAUGAGGGGGCAAAUCUAACUGUGCCAGGCGCUAAUUCGUUACCAGAGUUUACAUAAUGACUCGUGUGUCUCCAGUCACCCUUUUACAACCACACCAAGCCGGCACAGAUUCUCAGCGCUGUUUAUUUAACGGGGUGUGGAAUGUCGAAUGCUAAUAGGUAAAGACCUCUGGGUUUGGUGGCCUGAGGGAGUGCUGUGGCGUUACACAGCGUGCCAGAGCCGACGUGCCUUAAAACGGCUGCUUCAGGGCUCAGCUGGGGUCAAAUCUUAAAGUAUAGAAAACAUCUCUGUUUCAAAUUAGAACCCCAAUCUGAUCACAAUCUCAGUUGUUCCUUCGGAUUUGCAGAAAAUUCAACAGAAAAUGUUUUGGAUUGCUGUGACCUAAAGUUAAAGAUAUACAAAAAAUGUCAAAUGAGUUGUUUAUUCCAUCUAAUAAGAUUUUAAUGCUUUUACUAUCAUUACGUACAGAUUAGUGGUGACACACGCUGCCAACCUAAAGUUGUGCCAUAACUUAAAAAAAUGCCAAAUUUGUGUCCAUCCACACAAGUUUUGAUGUUGACUAUUUGUCCCUUUUGUAGAAUGUAUUAUUUUCUUGGACAGCGUGUCUGACGCACAUGUGGGCUUUCAGCUAUUACUGAAUGAUGAAUUGUCUCUGAGUUGAAUUUUGUGUUUAAGCAUUGAACUGUCUUUUUUAAACAUUUUAAGAUGCAAUAUUUUUUUCUGGUCAGAGACAAAAGAGAGUCUAUUUUUUUAUUCAGAUUUAACGUCACCAAGUGGCUUUUAGUUUUAUCCCGCAGAAAGGGAUUAACAUGUACAGGCAUUAGUAACAGACUUUAUGAAACAUCUUGGCAAUGAAAUGCAAAAAUAUAAACAUUUCUUAGCUUUUAUAAUCAAUUACUGUCUAGUAUUUGUUACUGACGCUGCUUUAAAGGACUAUUUACAAUGCAAAGAAAGACAAAUUGCGGAGAGUGGGAGAGCGGUCAAAGUUGCGUUCAGUUUUGAAUUAAAUGUGAUGAUUGUUCAGAUUUGUUGACUCACACUUUGAAUCUCAAUAAGUAUGUGAAAUAUAUGUAUUUUUGACAGUUAUGUACAUGUUAUUUCCUCAACCUAACUUUUCACAUGUUUAAUUCAAGAUUUUUUAUUUUUUCAUAAUUUGGAGGGUUUUGUUUAUACUGUUUUGUGUGAUUUUUGCAUCAUGUCUUACUAAAAGUUGUCAAUAUUGAUCACUGAUGGGGUCUUUCUUGUGAGGCUGGGAAACAUGUAAAGUGUAAGAAGUGAGCUAAGGAUACGGUUUAGUAUGUGUGUGAUUGACAUUGUUGAAUUUGUUUUGCAGAUUCAAACAUUGAACACUGUCUAUUUUUAAAACAUAAUACAUAAACGAACAGCUGUUAGAAAUUAUGUCUUCCUCCUGGUAGCUCAUUAUUCCUUCAAACUAACUGAUAACGGUGGCUCAGUACCUCAAAUCGUAAAAUAAAAAUGUGGUUGCAAUAACAAUAGACAAUGAAUCAUUUAUGAACAUUUCAUACUGACCUGUUACUGGCUGGUGUCUAGCAAAGUUUGAUAUUUGAAAAUGUUAAUAAAAGAAAUGAUUGGUUUUCACCUUU